UCCACAGCCUCUGCGAGUCCGGUCCCGCCCCGCCGGAGUGGCGGGCGGCCCGGCCAAUGGGAGCACAGCCUGGGCCCGAGGGGGCGGGCUCUCUGCGGAACGCCUGGAAGGUGGCGGCGGAGGCGAAGGCGCAGGCCGUUGGGGCUGCUCCCCCGCAGGUGACCAUGAAAGGCUUAUAUUUUCAACAGAGUUCCACAAACGAAGAAAUAACAUUUCUAUUUCAAGAAAGGGAAAAUCUUCCUGUUACAGAGGAUAACUAUGUGAAACUUCAAGUAAAAGCUUGUGCUCUAAGCCAGAUAAAUACGAAGCUUCUGACAGAAAUGAAGAUGGAAAAGGAGUUCUUUCCUGUUGGCAGAGAAAUUGCUGGAGUUGUGUUAGAUGUUGGAAACAAGGUGUCAUUCUUUCAGCCAGAUGAUGAAGUAGUUGGAAUUUUGCCCCUGGAUUCUGAAGACCCUGGACUUUGUGAAGUUGUUAGAGUGCAUGAGCAUUACUUGGUUCAUAAGCCGGAAAAGGUCACGUGGACAGAAGCAGCUGGAACCAUCCGAGACGGAGUGCGAGCCUACACCGCUCUGCAUUAUCUUUCUCAUCUCUCUCCAGGAAAAUCAGUGCUGAUCAUGGAUGGAGCAAGUGCGUUUGGCACAAUAGCUAUUCAGUUAGCACACCAUAGAGGAGCCAAAGUGAUUUCAACAGCAUGCAGCCUGGAAGACAAGCAGUGCCUCGAAAGACUUAGGCCUCCUGUAGCCCGAGUGAUUGAUGUAUCUAAUGGGAAAGUCCAUGUUGCUGAAAGCUGUUUGGAAGAAACGGGUGGCCUGGGAGUCGACAUUGUCCUAGAUGCUGGAGUGAGAUUGUAUAAUAAAGAUGAUGAGCCAUCCAUGAAGUUACAGCUACCACAUAAACAUGAUAUCAUCACACUUCUUGGUGUUGGAGGCCAUUGGGUAACAACAGAAGAAAACCUUCAGUUGGAUCCUCCCGAUAGUCAUUGCCUUUUCCUCAAGGGAGCAACAGUGGCUUUCCUUAACGAUGAAGUCUGGAAUUUGUCCAACGUUCAACAGGGAAAAUAUCUUUCUACGUAUCUUAAAAGAUGUGAUGGAGAAGUUAUCAACUGGUGUUUUUAGACCACAGUUGGAAGAACCCAUCCCACUCUAUGAAGCCAAAGUUUCCAUGGAAGUUGUUCAGAAAAAUCAAGGAAGAAAAAAGCAAGUUGUUCAAUUUUAAUUUUCUUCUUUCUGAGACCUCAGAUGGAUGAACCCAUCCUAGUAUUUGAAGCCAGAGUUUUCCUUGGAGAUUGGAGGGACAAAUCAAGGAAGAUAAAAGCAAGUUGUUCCAUCCUUAGACCUGCCUUCUUGCUGUCUGACACAGAUGUGCAGUUUUUUGACAGAGUUGAGAAGUAUGUGAAAAGUUGUGCAAAUUAACUUUCGAAGGGAAUGUUCUGAAAAUCUUUUUAGUUUCUGUUUCUGUACGUGUUGCCUCUGGUACAAAACUCCUUCCAUGAAGACAACUGCUUUCUGCGACGGCCACACUAGUACCGUAUCGAUAGAGCGUAGAGGCCUUCCGCUAAACUGUCCUGUCCGCGUGCCUGUCCACUGCCUUCUGGGCUCCUGCCCUCCCUAGCCAGCUCGCUGUCCUGAUGUGAGCAUGUGCGCGUAUUUUCAAGUCUUAAAAGUAGCCUGCCCACGUGCACUGA